GAACACUGUCCUCUCUCGCAUCAGCCUCACCGCCAGCUCUCUGCAGGAUUCUGGACAAGAAUCAAACCUCUGGAGGAGUGAUGGGUUCCCACUGCUCAAAUUUGGAUGAUAUACUGGAGGAAGACAUGCACCACUGGUACACCAAAUUCAUGAAGGAGUCUCCCUCGGGGCUCAUCACACUCUUUGAGCUCAAAACGAUGCUUGAAAUGAACGGUAUGACAGAGGAGGCCAGCAGCUACGUGGACCAAGUCUUUUUCACCUUUGACAUGGACGGGGAUGGCUACAUAGACUUUGUCGAAUAUAUUGCAGCAAUAAGUUUAUUACUGAAAGGGGAAAUAAACCAGAAAUUAAAGUGGUACUUCAAGCUUUUUGAUCAAGAUGGGAAUGGGAAAAUUGACAAGGAGGAACUGGAGACUAUAUUUAAGGCAAUUCAAGAUAUCACCAGGAGUUACGACAUUCCCCCAGAGGAGAUUGUGACUCUUAUAUAUGAGAAAAUUGAUGUCAAUGGAGAAGGGGAGCUGACUCUGGAGGAGUUCAUCAGUGGUGCGAAGGAGCAUCCUGACAUCAUGGAUAUGCUCACCAAGAUGAUGGAUCUCACCAAUGUCCUGGAAAUCAUUAUCAGAGGUCAACAGAAAAAUGCUGUGAACUGAAUUGAUAACCUACAAGCUGGACUGUGUGAGGAAUCAAAAUUGUUUUUUGGUGGAUUUUCAGAUGGCAGCAGUGUUGAGAAAAGAGUGUAUGUGCUUGAUGAAGAGCCAAGUCCCAUCUCAGACUGCACAGAAUGAAAAUGAAUGAACAGUACCACCCAGAUAUGAUCCUUCUGUAAGUUGCCCAAGGGGUGAAGGAAAAUUUGUCCCCUUCCUUCUGCUUGUGCUCUCAAAGUUCUUGUACGACGGCCCUUCAGUUUUGUGAAGGUUUAAAACACUUUAACUGAUAAUGUGUCUGGAGAGUCUCAGUGAAGACAGGCCCAUCUGCUUUCAAGUUCUCAUCAUGCUCCAAGGAGAUGGUGCAAUGUAAGGUGGAUAAAUCACUUUAAUUAAUGUCAUUAAGAGUUUACUGAGCUGGAAAUGCUGUACGGCCUUCUUGGUUUGCAGAACUGUCGGGCACAAAGUGAAAAACUGAGUGGGUUGCUUCAGUCCAAAAUGUCUUGGACGGCUUUGGAAUUAUGUUUUAUUCAAAUCUGAAAAAGAUUUAUAAUUGAACAUACUAUUAAUACUAUUAAUUAAUAAUUUAAUUCUGAUUAAUCCUGUUGAAGACAAACUCAAGCUUCUUUUAGAAAGCAUCGUGGUCACUUCAUAUACCAAUCAUUCACAUAAUUACUGUAUAUGGGUGUUAAAAUAUUAAUACAAUGUCAAUAUUCAAAACACUCACUGAGAUUGUUUGUGUUGUUUUGUGUUGUUGCUCUUGUAAGAUCUGCAUGAAACCCUCACUGCUGGAUGUAGAAAGACUUGAAGGUAACAGAUUACUAAUGACUGAAUGUAAAAAUAUCUGUCAUUGUGUACAUGAUAUGUAAUGUUUCACAAUAUUUUUGCUGUAAUUAAGGUUACAUUGUUGCCUUAAAAAAUCAAUACAAUGGUUUUGUUAAAAGAGUUGGCACAGAUUACUGUAUGAUUAUUCAAUAUUC